AUGAUCCUUACUGUUGUUGUUCAACAUUGGACCAUGAUUGAAACAUCAGUCGGAGCGGUUUCUCGGAUUCAAUCAUUUGUCAAAAGCACGAGCUCGGAGAACCUCCCUGGAGAAAACCAGCAUGUCUGUCCAGACUGGCCGUCAAAGGGCAGGAUCCAAAUCUCUAAUGUUUCCGCCACUUAUUCUGAAGAUCUCAAACCAGCGCUUCAACAAGUCAGCAUCUCCAUCACUGCAGGCCAGAAACUUGGCGUCUGCGGCCCGUCUGGUUCUGGCAAGUCCUCUUUUGUCGCAUUGCUCUUCCACAUGUUAAACAUUCAGAACGGCACAAUCACAAUCGACGAGGUGGAAAUCUCACAAAUUCCACGACAUACACUCCGAGAACAUUUAUCCGUCAUGCCAUAA